AUGCAAUUUUCUAUUAUCGCUCGUAUCAUCUUCUUUUUCGUAUUUGUUCACGUAAUUCAAGCAUACAAAACUACACUUCUAGGUGAUUUCGCUUCAAUCUGUCAUAUAUAUGUUACAGAUUGUAAUGGAGAAGUUUUAAGAGAUGCUGGAAGGAAAGAUUGUAAUCAAGCGAAAAUAUUUGAAUGGGAUGAAGCCCCAGAUAUCUAUUGCCUUCAUGUAUAUCCUAUUACAAAACCCAAGGAUAAUCGUUAUAUUAUGGUAACAAAAAAUGAUUCAUGCAUUGAUGUCUGUGGCGACCUCAUAUAUGGUUGGAAAUUAACACGUAUUGGAAUGAAACCAUGUAAUGAUCCGACUUCCCCACAGCCCUGCAAUUGA